AGUCAGAUGGGCCGGGGUGAUGAUGAUGACUGGGAGGCGCCUGCCCUCUCAUUUACCCCCCGUUUCCUCCACACCUCUUUGUUUACACCUACAGGCCGGUCGAGUCCCGGCAGACGGAGGAGCAGCUCCGCAGACCUCCCUCUUCUCUCUGCGGAUCAACUAACAUGAGUGUGUUGCUGCUCGGCCUCGUUGUGCUCUGCGGAGCCUCUGACAUGGUGGUUCCAGUCCAGCUGGGGCCGCCGUCUCUCGGCUUCAGCUCGUCGGUGCGCUCGGUGUGCAAACCCAUGCCCAGCACCCUGUCUCUGUGCCACGGGAUCGGCUACAGGCACAUGCGGGUCCCCAACCUGCUGGGCCACGACUCGCUGCGGGAGGCCCAGCAGCAGUCGGCGGCCUGGCUGCCGCUCGUCUCCAAGCUGUGCCACCGGGACACCAAGAAGUUCCUGUGCUCGCUGUUCGCCCCGGUGUGUCUGCCGGAGCUCGCCGGGCCCGUCAGCCCCUGCAGGGGCCUGUGCGAGGCCGUGCGCGACGGCUGCGUGCCCGUGAUGAGCGCGUUCGGGUUCCCGUGGCCCGAGAUGUUCAACUGCAGCCGGUUCCCGCGCGCGACCGAGCUGUGUAUCCCGGCAACCGGAGAGCGCGAGGGGCGGACCGAGGAGGAGGUGAAGCACGAGGAGGCGCUGAAAGGGAGUGUUAUCUGUGAUGCCUGUAGUCUGGCUGCUGAAGGAGAGACAGACAUCCAGGAAAACUUCUGCCACAGUCCAUAUGCAUUUAAGAUGCGUCUGGGCAGUGUGUCGACGGUGGGAGGGGACCGUCAGCUGGUGCCGACGGCCCGCAGCCGCAUCCUGAGGUGGGCAGGGGGAGGAGCGGAGAGAGCAGAAGGGAUCGGAGGCGCCAUGGCACACAAUGCUUUGUGGUUGCAAGAAGGAGGCACCUGUACGUGUCCUGGCUUAGAUUCUUCAGGCACAAACCAAGACCAGCAGGUGGAAGAGGAACAGAUGGAUAAAGGACAAGCUAAAGGAGGGAAGGAGGGGAAUGGGACCCCGAAUGGAUGGUUCCUGGCCCUGGCUCAGGCUGAGGAGGGAAGGCUGGUGCUGACUCGGCUGGUGAGGUGGACCAGAGGGGACAAGGAGUUGAAGAAGUUCAUCAGAGCUCUCCUCAAACAGCCCUGUACUGAGCUGUAGGGUCAACGAGUGCCGUCCCGCCUCAUGGACGUUACUUUGUUGUUGUUCGCUGCUGAUAGCAACACUUUUUUUGCAAUUCACAAAAUCCAGAGUAGUUUGCAAAGAAUAAGCGAGGAACACAUCAAGAAUGUAGAAUGACACCAGAGCGCAUAACCGAACCAAGGCCCUUAAUUUCCACACCAAAUCUGUCAUAUUUGUUUGGACUACCCUGAAACCAUUAAAGCUGCAUAUGAUCUGUGGAUUACCUGACUGAAUCCACAUUAUCUCAGCUACACACUGGUGAAAGUGAAAGGUUUCUGUCCUAUUUGUUACCAGAAAAACCCAACAACCGAUGAAAACACUUUUAAGUCCACUAGAUCCAGAUUUUUAUUUGGAUCUGCACCAAAUUGUACUCACUCAUCGAUAUCAGUCUCCUUUCAGACUUUAAUGAGUUCUUUCUCGGCCCAUGUCCCAUCCGUCCACAAAGUUUGAUAACAGUAAACAAACAUAACCUCCUUGGCAGAGGCAAUAGUUCCUAAGUAACAUUAAAUAAAUCACUUGAGAACAGGUUUUUAGAAAACAUAUGUCAAAGUUCAUAGACCUCUGUAAAUGUGCAUACGGGCUACUUCCUUGAUGAAUUGUCACUGAUUAACUUGUGAAAUUAUGCCAAAAGCCACAUAAUCAAAUAGAAUGGCACUCAGUAGAGUGCAAACCUCCACCAAGGCCCAACAGACCCUUUCAAUUUGAAAUUGUGUGUAUUUUUUCUUGUAUUUUUGUGUAAAUUUGUGUAUAUAGAAGAGACUAAAUGGUUUUGAAACAAGACAGAUCUCAACACAUUUUCUAUUCAUCAUGCACAAGGUGAAGCAGUGUAAUUGUUACUCUUGUAAUGAUAGAAAUAGUUUUUCUUACACUGUACUACCUAUACUAUCACAAAACUGUAAUACUUUUAUACUGAAGUUGGUUUUUCUUUGACUGUUAUUGUAUAAUAUUGUUUCACAGCAGCAGAAAGACGAGAGGGCUUUUAACAAGUGAGGAUGCUGUAAUCUCAUGUCAAGCACUGAAAAUACAGACAGGACAGGAAGUGUGAUGUGAACAAUAAAUCAUUUAAAUUUG